GAGCCCGCUCCGCUCCGCUCCGCACCCACCGCCCCGGCCGCCGCCACUCCGACACCGACACCGCCGCCGCGCCGCGGGGAGGCUUCUUCAUGGGCUGCCACCAUGCUUGGGCCCUGGAGAUUUCGGGCGAAGCUAGUUUUGCAGAACAUUGGGAAUAAGCGCUAUGUCAGAUAUGGAUGAGACUCCGAAGAUGAUCUGCAUGUUUUACAUUUUUCACAAAUUUUGGGAAAUAAAAUGUAUGCUUGCUGCUCUACAGUAACUUUGGAACAGGACCUCAACAAAAAAAUGCAUAUCUGGAUGCUGCAGACGAUCGCAUUUGCUUUAACAUCGCUAGUCCUUUCGUGGGCAGAAAGCAUCGAGUAUUAUGGGGAAAUCUGUGAUAAUGCAUGUCCUUGUGAGGAGAAGGACAGCAUUUUAACAGUGAGCUGUGAAAACAGAGGGAUCAUCAGCCUUUUUGAGAUCAGUCCACCAAGGUUCCCUGUGUACCACCUCUUGUUGUCUGGGAACCUUUUGAACAGGCUGUACCCAAACCAGUUUGUCAAUUACACAGGGGCUUCAAUUUUGCAUCUGGGGAGCAAUGACAUACAAGACAUCGAAACUGGGGCCUUUCAUGGUCUGAGAGGUUUACGGAGGCUGCACUUGAACAAUAACAAGUUGGAACUUCUACGGGAUGACACUUUCCUUGGGCUAGAGAGUUUGGAAUACCUACAGGUCGAUUAUAAUUAUAUUAGCAUCAUUGAACCCAAUGCCUUCAGCAAACUGCAUUUGCUGCAGGUGCUGAUUCUCAAUGAUAACCUCCUCUCCAGUUUGCCCAACAACCUUUUCCGUUUUGUGCCCUUAACUCACCUGGACCUGAGGGGUAACCGGCUGAAGCUGUUGCCCUAUAUGGGCCUCUUGCAGCACAUGGAUAAAGUGGUGGAGCUGCAGCUCGAGGAAAACCCCUGGAAUUGCUCUUGUGAGUUGAUUGCUCUAAAGGAUUGGCUGGACAGUAUCUCAUACUCUGCUCUGGUGGGAGAUGUAGUUUGCGAGACCCCUUUCCGCUUACAUGGUCGAGACUUGGAUGAAGUCUCCAAGCAGGAGCUUUGCCCCAGGAGGCUCAUCUCUGAUUAUGAAAUGAGACCUCAGACACCAUUGAGCACCACAGGGUAUUUCCACACAACCCCAGCCUCGGUCAACUCCGUGGCUACUUCUUCUUCAGCUGUUUACAAAUCUCCCUUGAAGCCCCCCAAAGGGACCCGCCAACCCAACAAGCCAAGGGUGCGCCCCACCUCCCGCUUGCCCUCAAAAGACUUGGGAUACAGCAACUAUGGCCCCAGCAUUGCCUACCAGACCAAAUCCCCGGUGCCUUUGGAGUGCCCCACUGCCUGCACUUGCAACUUGCAGAUUUCUGACCUGGGCCUCAAUGUCAAUUGUCAGGAGAGGAAGAUUGAGAGCAUUUCUGAACUGCAGCCCAAACCCUAUAAUCCUAAGAAGAUGUAUCUGACGGAAAACUACAUUGCACUGGUCCGCAGGGCAGAUUUUGUGGAUGCCACCGGGCUGGAUUUGCUACAUCUGGGCAAUAAUCGGAUCUCGGUCAUUCAGGACCGGGCUUUUGGGGAUUUAACUAAUUUGCGAAGGCUGUACCUGAACGGGAACCGGAUCGAGCGGCUGAGCCCAGAGCUGUUCUAUGGGCUGCAAAGCCUGCAGUACCUCUUCCUGCAGUACAAUGUCAUCCGGGAGAUAGAGGCAGGCACCUUUGAAUCUGUCCCCAACCUUCAGCUCUUGUUUUUGAACAACAAUCUGCUGAGGUCUUUGCCAGGGAACAUUUUUUCUGGUCUGUCUCUCUACAGGCUGAGCCUGCGGAGCAACCACUUCUCCUACCUGCCAGUGAGCGGGGUGCUGGACCAGCUGAAAUCCCUGCUGCAGAUCGACCUGCACGAGAACCCUUGGGACUGCACCUGCGACGUGGUGGGCAUGAAGCUGUGGCUGGAGCAGCUCAACACUGGUGUCCUGGUGGACCAGGUUAUCUGCGAAUCCCCUAAGAAGUUUGCCCAGAGUGACAUGCGGGCCGUCCGGGCGGAGCUGCUGUGCCCCGACUACUCGGAUAUCGUCGUCUCCACGCCCACGCCGUCCCCGGGCCAGCUGCCGGCCAGGACCACCCCCUCCUCCUCCACCGUGCGCCUCAAUGGCACGGCGGCGGCGGGCGGCUCCGCGCCCGCGGGCGGCGCCGGCGGCGGCAGCUCCUCGGUGCCGCUCUCGGUGCUGAUCCUCAGCCUGCUGCUGGUCUUCAUCAUGUCCGUCUUCGUGGCGGCCGGGCUCUUCGUCCUGGUGAUGAAGCGGCGCAAGAAGGGCCAGGGUGACCACGCCAGCGCCAACAACUCCGACGUGAGCUCCUUCAACAUGCAGUACAGCGUCUACAGCGGCGGCCACCACCACCACCACCCCCACCUGCAGCAGCACCCGCCCCACCGCGGCGGCGGGGGUGGCGGCGGCGGGGGCGCGGCGCUGCCCAAGGUGAAGACCCCCGCCGGCCACGUCUACGAGUACAUCCCGCACCCCCUGGGCCACAUGUGCAAAAACCCCAUCUACCGCUCCCGGGAGGGCAAUUCGGGCGAGGAUUACAAAGACCUUCAGGAGCUUAAGGUCACCUACAGCAGCCACCCCCUGUCGCCCGGGGGGGGCGCGCCGCCGCCCCCCCCGCCCCCCCCGCCGCCGGCGCCCGGCGGGGAGGACGCGCCCGGGCGCAGCCCCGCGUACAGCGUGAGCACCAUCGAGCCGCGGGAGGAGCUGCUCUCCCCGGUGCAAGACGCCGAUCGCUUUUACAGGGGCAUUUUGGAGCCCGACAAACACUCCUCCUCCACGCUGGGCACUCCCGGCUCCACCCUCCCCGACUACCCCAAACUCCCUGCCGCCUACACCUACUCCCCUAACUAUGACCUUAGGCGUGCCCACCAGUACUUGCACCCGGGGCCGGGGGACAGCAGGCUCCGGGAGACGGUGCUCUACAGCCCCCCGAGUACUGUCUAUGUAGAGCCCAACAGGAAUGAGUACCUGGAGCUAAAAGCAAAACUAAACGCAGAGCCGGACUACCUCGAAGUGCUGGAAAAACAGACCACAUUCAGCCAGUUCUGAGAAACAGCCUCCCUCCCCGUCCCCUCGCCAGUCUCAGCAGCUCCUUCUCUAGAGUAUUUGUAUUUAACAACCACACGCAAAACAAAGAAACGUAAAUGCUGACCUCUCACCUCGCCCCCCCCUUCUUUUUUCCCCCUUUAAUGCAUUUUAUUGUAGGGUGAAGUGCCUUGGCACAGGACUUUUCAGCUUCGGGGAAUGAUUCUGAAAGGGUGUGCUGUUCAGUUUAGUUUAUUCUUUUUUCUUUUACUGUAUUUGGAAGUCAGAAACCACCUGUUUUGUAAAAUGGGCACAACACUGGUGUUGUGCGGCUGUCUACGUGUGCUUGGGGAAGGUGGCAGGAGGUUCUUGUCGGGUCAUGUUCAGGUCACAAGUACAAAAGUCACUAUCACUAUUUUUUAUUAUUAUUUCUAUUUUUUUUAACAGACAUUCUUUAUUUUGGGUUUCUUUCUGGUUGAAGAGUACAGCGCACAUUUUCCCCUUUUAGCCAUGGGUGAGUCUAAAUGGCUUUUUUGGACAGAUUAGCACACCCCGACUUUAAUACAAGGUUUCCUUUUUUUAAGGAUGUGUUUGUAUACUUUCUGGACUUUUGAAUUCAAAAAUAUAUUAUGAUCUUUAAAAGGAUCGCUGUAGAUGUGGACAAAUCAUUAAAGAGUGCAGAGAUAUAUGAUCCAUAACUGGUUAGUGAAAAUAAUUUAUUGAUGAGAUAUAAAAAAAUAUUUUAUUGUAGCACCUAUUUUUAUAUGCACAUUAGCAUUUCUCUUUCCUUCACUAUUUUAGGGCCUAAUCCUGCAAAUUCUUAACUCACUUAAGUGUCUCUACUUGUGAAAGAAGUCCCAGCUUAGGCCUUCAUCCUGCAGGCACUUAAGCACAUGAACAACUUUACCGAUGAGUGUAGUUUUCUAGACUCACUCAUUGAGCAAAGUUAGUCAAAAGCUGAAAAAAUUAGGAUAGAGGAUGCAGAACUAUGUUUAAAGUAAAAGUACU